UCGGGGGAGUGCUAUAUCGAUGAGGGCGAGGGAGGCGAUAGCGGGGCAUCGAGAGCGGAUCCCGGACGGGAUCGAUGAAGGAUGCAGCGAAUGGGGUCCGGAGUCGUCGAUCCUCUGCAGUGAUCUCCAACCGUUCCCUCCUGGCGGCGCGAUUGGCUGGUCCACGGCACCGGGAGUUCAGGGCGUUCCGCCUCGCUCACAUGUGCAAGGUCAGGAUUUGUCUUCGGCUCGAAGCCUCGAGAUCAAUUCUAGCGACCCCUGGUUUGAUACAAUGCUAGAAGAAGCUGAAAGAAUCGGUGGUAUUUCCAAGGACUACCAUCAAUUUGACUUGAACGUAUCAUUGGAGAGGUAAAAUGUCUGAUUCCUUUCUGUUGUGCAAUCCUAUUCUCAGUUCUGCACAGUCCAAAUCGGUUAGUCAAGACUAACAAUUUUGAUUCGGCUGGCGGAUUAUUUUACUAUUCGAUCCUGCCACCGCAAAAAAAGCUCUGCGGAGACAGAUAAGGAAUUGCAUAGUCGGGCGGAGAUUGGAAGAAAACAGACUAAUGCUCCGUCACAAGAAAAUAUGAGAGCUGAACUAGUGUUAGCAUCCAAGGAUAAUUGCUCUACUACCAAGAUGAGUAGCAGGAUGCCACAAGGUCGUAGCAGGGAAAUAAGUAAUGGUGAUGUAACAAAGAGGCUAGACUUUGAGUGUCUUGUUGCUGAUAAUACUGAUAUCAAUUUGGAGCAGAUGAGGACCGCUGAUGGCAAUCAUGAUAGCCAACAGUGCUUAUAUGAAUGUAUUGGUGUCAAUAGUGGUAGGUCAGAAAUGGAAAAUUCAAGAGCAGAAGUAAGAUUAACCGAAAGGUCGUACAAUUGUUUGGAUAAUUCAGAACCAAUUUCUGACGCUGCUGAACUGUCAGCAUCCAUUCCUAUGCAAAACAGUGAAACAUGUGGCUGGAAGAAACGUAACACUAGAGCCAGUGGCGCGGAGUACAGGAAUUCUCAACAUGCUAAGCCAAGUGCACUGCAACAAGCAGUUAUGAAGUUUGCAGAGCACACUAGUGGGUACGUAAUAUACCCGAGUGUCGGGACGGAAUUUGACAGCUGUGAUGAGGCUUAUGAGUACUACAAUCUUUAUUCAUGGGAAUGUGGCUUUGGUAUACGGUGGGGAAAGAAAAGAUGGUCUGAAAAUAGGAGGAAGAAUAAUGGGCCUGAGGCAAAACCGUACCAAUUGUCGCAGGAUUUUUACUGCAGUUGUCGUGGUAAACCGGAUGGUAAUGUGAAGACAAGCUCGUCAAAAACAGGCUGCAAGGCAAUGUUGCGGGUGCAUCGGACCUCGGAUGAUGGGUGGAUUGUAGUGGAACAUAUUUCUGAGCAUAAUCAUCCAUUGUCAGAAACUUGUGGAGAGAAGAAACAUUGGCCUUCACACCAUCACCUCGACAAGUACACGAGGGACUUAGUUCGUAUGCUCCGUGAGAAUAAUAUCGGAAUUACAAAGCUGUAUACUAUUCUUGGUAAUUUUUUUGGGUCAAUGCAGAAUGUGCCUGCAACAAAAAGAUGUUUGAAAACACUUUGUCAGAAGAUUAACCGAGAGCAAGCUGAAGAUGAUAUCAAGAAGACCAUGGAUAUGAUCCGUGAGCUUCGUAAAUCUGACCCGGGACUCUUAUUUAGUGUUGAUACAGAUGAAGAUGGUAGAAUAAAGAGUUUGAUGUGGACGAAUAGUCGGAGCAGGAUGCAAUAUGAGCAUUUCAGUGAUGUUGUUAGCUUUGACACAACAUUCAAGACUAAUCUAUAUGAUAUGCCGUUCGGUUUAUUUGUUGGUGUAAAUAAUCAUUUCCAGACAGUGCUUCUUGGCGGUGUACUGAUGACUGAUGAAAAAAUUGAUAGCUUCAAAUGGGUGUUCAGGGAAUUUGCAUCGCUCAUGGGUGGAAGAGAGCCAAGAACAAUACUAACAGAUCAAUGCCGGUCGAUGGAAGUGGCACUUGCUGAGGAGUGGCAGAACACAGUCCACCGUUGGUGCAAGUGGCAUGUCUUGAAGAGAGUAAAAGAAUGCUUGGGGUACCAAAUACACUAGUAUCAGGGAAUUCAGGGACAAGUUCCACUUAAUGCUGAAUGAAAUGCUCACAAUAGAGGAGUUUGAGCAGAGUUGGGCUGCGUUGCUAAAGGAGUAUGGUCUACAGAGCAAUGCUUUCCUUUCUCAGAUCUAUGAAACAAGGGAGAAGUGGGUCAAAAGCUAUUUCAAGGGUGUUUUCUGUGCAAGGAUGACAAGUACUCAAAGAAGCGAGAGUACGAAUCACAUGCUUAAAAAUAUCUUAUCACCUGGCUGCACACUACGACAGUUCUUGGACCAGUACAUGAAGAUGCAGUACAUCCGGGAUGAAGAUGAAAACUACGAAGAGCGGCGUAACAAACUGAAUGUGAAGAAAAUGACAGUAGGGGGUCCAUUAGUAGUGCAUGCACACAAGGUUUAUACUCUUAAAGUUUUUGCGCUAUUUUGUGAUCUGAAGGAAGAAUCUGAAUUUUACCGAGCUACAGAGGUUGUGCAAGGGAAGCACUAUGUUGCAGAACACUAUGAUCUUAAUUGGGUGCAGCGAUGGUGCAAAGGCAAAUAUGAAGUGGAAGUGGUUGAAAGAGGGGGGAAGUACAUCUGCGAGUGUGGCUUAUUUGAGCAUUUCGGUUUACCGUGCAGUCACAUAU